UUCGUACCAUCACUCGGUUUCGCCAAUCGCUGCCCGUUGAUUUCUCUGGAAAACCCAGAUUGUUUUGGCUUGAGGGUUUUGGGUUUGUGUACAUUAUGCUACAAUCAGAAGCAAUGAGGACGACCAUGUUGGUUAAUGGAAACCAUUCUGAUAGAUUGGAAAAGUUGAUCAUGGAAAAUGGCCAGUGCUCUUUCCUUGUUAGUUCAACAAAGUACAAGAGGCGUAAAAUUUCUGUUGUUCGUGAUUUUCCAGCAGGGUGUGGACGGUAUGCUCAACGGGUCAGCUUGAGACCAACUGAAGCUGCAGGAACUGCUUUGACCAAUACUUUCAAGGACGGGAUGGGUGAUGGCCUAGAGAAUGGAACUUCUGAUUUGUUGAGCAAUUUGCGUCAGGUGGGUGCUGCUAGAAAGGAGGAUAUUAUUCGUGAUAUGUUAGACCAUAAAUUUUUGUUACCAGCAAUUGAGCCCAUUACUAUUUCCAAUGGCAAUGAUUUGAUCAAGCGUGUCGCCAAAAAGUAUCCUCCUCAGAGGAGAGUUUCAGCCAUCCGAGAGUUCCCUCCAUUCUGUGGAAGAAAUGCUCUCUCUCUUGGUAAGGAAGAGUCUUUGGAAGUACUUUCUUCUCCGAAAAACAAAAGUGCUGGUGUAGAAAGGUCUGAAUGUGAUAUGAUUGACGAAACCUCAACAGUGGCAGUUGAUAUGAGACAAACAGCAGGGGAUGCUCAAGAUGGAGAUUUGUACAAAAUUAAAUUGGAAAGGAAUAACUCCAAAGUAAAUGGGGACUCAGUUCAACCUAAUGAGUCUCUGGAAUUGCUUGUUUCUCCAAAGGACAAAUUUUUUGGUCAAGAGAAGUGUGAACCAAACAUGGAUGACAGACCCUUGACAAGGACUGUGAAGGGUGAAGUGAAGCAAACUUUAGGGGACGUUCCACCAAUGUAGUCUUUGGAAGUGUCUGCUUCACUGAGAAACAAAAACUGUGAUCGAGAGAAGUCCAGACCAGGAAUGAAUGACAAACUCAACAGAGACGGUGAGCGUUGAUCUAAAACAAAAAGUCAAGGACAUUCUGGCUGGAGAUUCUUAUAAGAAUGAACUGGAGUUGAAUGGUGCUAAAGUAAUAAGAGACAAGCUUCAACGAGAAUGUGACAAGAAUGCUAUAGAAGAUGAUAAUGUAAUAUCAUCUGAGAUGAAGGUGGAUCAGGAAGAAAGAGAAAGCUAUAAUGAACCUCCAUUUGAAGACAAGCUUUACUGGUGGGACCGUGAAUUUGAGACAGUUGUUGGAAAAGACAAUGAUGAUGUUGAAGGUUUAGAAGAACACGUGGAUAAGGAGACAGCGUACUCCGAGGAAAAAAGUCCAGAUGAAAAGCUUUCAGUUACAUCUGAUUUUCAAAACCAGUCGCAAGUAGCAGAUGUUGGGAGUUUGGAAGUUGCAUCAAACAGAGUGAUACUGCAUGGUUUGCUGGGUCCAUCAAAUCCUUUGUGGCUGGAAAUGAGUGCUAGCAAGUCUAAACUAACUGCUGGAACGAGCGAAAGUAAAGAGAAGAAACAAGAUGUUACCAAUCUGGUUAAAAGGCAGAAGACAAAGGUGACUGCCAGGAAAAAGGUUGAUGAAAACAUCACAAAAUGAAUUUCUUUAAAGAAGAUUCCCCCAGAAACUGCUCCUCGAAAUGCAGGUCAGUUAGUUAUUUCAGAUAAAGAGGAUUCUCUUCGACAUAAUGAGUGUAAAGAUCCUCAUGUGGUUCCAAAAUCACAUGGUAAUGAUGUCUUUAUUUUUCCUAUUUGUCGAGUUGAUUCAAGCAGUAAAGGUCACGACGACGAUGCCAUUGUUGCCCGGCAUAAAGUAAGGGAGACAUUGCGUCUGUUCCAAGGUGUUUAUAGGAAGUUCUCGCGGGAAGAAGCUUAGCCGAAAGGAGGACAGGCUUGCAAGAGGAUUGACUGUAAAGCUGCAAAUUUUCUCAAAGGAAAAAACAAAUACAUGAAUGCACAUAAAAUACUGGGAGCUGUCCCUGGAGUUGAAGUCGGCGACGAGUUCCAGUACAGGGUGGAGCUUCAUAUUAUUGGUCUCCAUCGGCCAAUUCAAGGUGGAAUAGAUUCUGUGAGGGUAGGUAAGAAGAUCCUUGCAACAAGUAUUGUUGAAUCAGGGGGUUAUGCUGAUGAUUUAGAUUAUUUGGAUGUCUUAAUUUAUACAGGCCAAGGAGGAAAUGUUAUGAAUUCAAGUAAAGAACCUGUAAAUCAGAAGCUUGAACGGGGAAACCUUGCUCUGAAGAACAGUAUGUACGAAAAGAAUCCUGUCUGGGUGAUCCGUGGAUGUGAAUUAUCAGAUGGGAAAUCUGAGGGGAAAUCUUCUAGGACAUACGUAUACGAUGGGCUUUAUUUGGUAGAAAAGUUUUGGCAGGAUGUGGGACCACAUGGUAAGCUGGUUUUCAAGUUUCAGCUUGAGAGAGUUCCUGGGCAACCGGAGCUUGCAUGGAAAGUGAAGAAGGUUAAGAAAUACAUGGUGCGAGAGGGUGUCUGUGUAGACGAUAUCUCGAAAGGGAAGGAGGUAAUUCCGAUACGUGCAGUGAACACCAUAGAUGAUGAGAAACCUCCACGAUUUAAGUACAUAACCAGCCUGCUAUAUCCUGAUUUGUGCAAACCUACUCCUCCCAAGGGUUGCAACUGUACUACUCAAUGCUCAGCUUCUGCAAAAUGCUCGUGUGUCAAGAAUGGAGGCGAAAUCCCAUUUAACCAUAACGGGGCCAUCAUUGAAGUGAAGCCCCUUGUUUACGAGUGUGGCCCGUCGUGCAGGUGCCCUCCUUCUUGUCCCAACAGAGUGAGUCAGCAUGGUAUCAUUCAACUCGAAAUUUUCAAAACCAAAGAAAGGGGAUGGGGUGUGAGAUCCCUAAACUUCAUUACUUCAGGAAGUUUUAUUUGCGAAUACCUAGGAGAGUUUCUUAGUGCUAAGGAAGCUGAAGCAAGAACGGCAAACGGCGAGUAUCUCUUCAAUAUUGGGAACAACUACAACGACAAUACUCUUGGGAAGGGACUGUCCACUCUCAUGCCCCGUUCAGUGGAGGAUGGUGAAGGCUUCACCAUCGACGCGGCAGAGUACGGCAAUGUAGGGAGAUUUAUCAACCAUAGCUGCACCCCAAAUCUUUAUGCACAAAACGUCCUGUAUGAUCAUGAGGACAAGAGAAUUCCUCACAUAAUGCUUUUCGCUGCGGAGAACAUUCGUCCUCUGGAAGAGCUGACUUUUCACUACAAUUAUGUGGCGGAUCAAGUUCGUGAUUCAAAUGGAAAUAUAAAGAAGAGUUGCUUUUGCGGUUCUCAUGAAUGCACCGGUAGAUUGUACUGAACAGAAUUGGUGAUGUAUCUCGAUUCUAGAUAUGUGAGAAUUUUAUAUCAAUGCAUUGCCUAAUUUUGAAAUGAAAUGACAGGCCUGUAAAGGAAUUUUUGUUUUUAGAUAUGUGUUGUAUAUUCCCAUGUUGUUAUGCUUUUAAGCUGUUAUAAAAUACAGGGCUAGUAGAACCAAGAUGGGCCGAUCCUCCCCUUUUAGGACCGGACUGAAAUUUCCAUUUUGGCCGUCCGGGGGCCGGGCAGCCCGAACUUUUACUUCUUCAUAGUAGUGUCUUUAUGUGUGUGUACACAAACAUGUCACAUGACACCAUUUAAUAAGGUGUAAAAAUGACCGAA